GCCUGAAAGUUCAGAAUGGGCUUUAACAUAGCUACAAACUUGUCUGUAGCUACGAGCGUCUUUAGCUUUGCAUAAUUUAUAAAUAUACCCUUUUUAUCCUAUUUUUUAUCAUUUAAUGCUUUUUUCUUUCUUUUUUUAGCUCCAUAAAAGUAAGACAUUGAAAUUCUGUUUGUGGUGCAAACCCACCUCUUCCUGUAUUUGAGACAGUUUAGGUUUGCGCUCUGGGGCUGAAAUCAGUGGAGGGAUGGCGACGAUUAAAGAGGUACAUAUCAUUACGGGUCUGGUCUUUGCCCUUCAGUUUCACACAAGUUUCAUGGAGCUACGAUCUGCUGACGGAAGGUCUCAUGUAGGUGCAGAGCAUAACAAGACCAGAGAGCAGAGGUGGGCACCUGGUUCUGGGACUGGGGUCCCUGACUGGGCUGCACAUAAAAGGAGCCACUACAGAGACCAGCACCAAGUAGAGGAGUCAGAUCUGCUGAUGGAGGAGAGACAUGAUAACUCCACACAGAUUGUUGACAUUGAUCAUGUCUAUUAUACAUCUAAAAUCCACGGUCCGGGAGUUGCAGCAGGUAAAGAGCUGUGGGUUGACAUCGAUGAGAUGGAGGGGGAACAGUGGAGGGUCCUCGGCUUCUUGUCCAGCACACACAGACAAGCAGAGAGAGUGAAUUUGUCCUUCAGCUUUCCUUUCUAUGGCCAUCCACUGAAAGAAAUUACAGUUGCCACUGGAGGUUUCAUUUACACUGGAGAUAUAAUCCACAGGAUGCUUACGGCCACUCAGUAUAUUGCUCCUCUGAUGGCUAAUUUUGACCCAAGCCUGUCCAAAAAUUCCACUGUGUUAUACUUUGAUAAUGGAACUGCAGUGGUGGUUCAGUGGAACCACAUCCACCUCCAGGACAACAUCAGUCUGGGAACUUUCACCUUCCAGGCUGUUUUGCACAGGGAUGGGCGGAUCAUCUUUGCUUACAAAGAGAUUCCUGUUGACAUCAGCGACAUCAGCUCUGAAAACCAUCCUGUCAAAGUGGGCCUGGCUGAUGCUUUUGUGGUGCUUCAUAAGAUAGAACAAAUUCCCAAUGUUCGUCGAAGAACCAUCUAUGAGUAUCAUAAAGUGGACAUCCUCAAGUCAAAAAUCUCAAGUUCUACAGUGAUUGAAAUUCUUCCUCUGCCCACAUGUCUGCAGUUCUCCAGCUGUGGCCCAUGUGUCGCUUCUCAGAUUGGCUUUAACUGCAGUUGGUGCAGUCGGCUACAAAGAUGCUCCAGUGGCUUUGAUCGUAACCGACAGGACUGGGUUGAUCUCGGCUGCCCAGAGGAGAGACGGGAUCCGCAAUGUCACCAGAUGGCAGACGUCUCAAACAGCACAUCAUUCCACUCGACUCACACAACCCCUCCUGUUACAGCCACCUCAAAGCCACAGAGGACCUUAGAUGUGACCCCAUCACCUAGCAGCAAGACUUCCUCUGUCAUCGAUCUCUCAUUUGACAGCAGCAUUAGUUGGAAAAACAAAUCAAGUGUGCAGCAACCAACCAGCCAAUCUGCAGAUGCAGGAACUGGUGAAAACGGAGGUGAGAGUGAUGUGGGCUUGCAGAUUGGUUUCCUGGCAGGCAUCGUUAUGGUGAUGGUAGUCAUGGCAGCUGCCAUUCUUACAUCCAUCUAUAUGUACAAUCACCCCACCUCAAGUGUCAGUCUCUUUUUUAUGGAGCGACGCCCCACCCACUGGCCAAUCCUGAAGUUCAGACGGGGCUCUGGUCGACCUUCGUACGCUGAGGUGGAGGCUCCCGGUCAGGACAGAGAUGGCACAGUUGUCAUUGACCUUAAACAGUCCUUUGUCAUGUCAGACAGAAGGGAGAGUGAACAGAAGGAGGGCUUCAUAGUUCCUGACCAAAGGGAGUGCUUCCUUGGCUCUGAGAGCUCCUGACCAACAACAUCAUGUCCCAUGAAUCUUUGGGGCAGAGCUGGUUCUCUACAUGAGUUCUCCAUUUUUUUAUUUAGCUGAAGCACAAGUUCACUUUAUGGACAGAAUCUGAGCUUUUUAGAGACACAAAAACAUCAACAUUCAAUGAGGAAAUUGUAAAAACAUAUUAU